GCUUCCGGACGCCAAGACUGACUGCACAGCUGCCGCCGAAUUUAAAGAGACAGGCAAUAGUUUAUUUAAAAUAACAUAAUCAGCAACCAUUGUCUCAAAGCUUGUUUUCCGAAGCUUCACCCUAGCACAGCGUACCAGCAGUAGCUAGUUACUCGUUGGACGGAUAAUGGCGUUUUAUUAAAAGUCGCAUCGAGUUGUAGUGUAGCUUAUCCUCAUACUUGGCUGGAUUUUCUCUCUUUUGCUUGCUGGCAAACGUUAGCUAGGUAGCUACCUCUUACUAGCUAGCUAGCCAACUAAGCGUUGCUAGCUAGCUAGCUAGAUUCCCGACGAAGACUAGUAAGAUUUGUCGGCUAACCAACAACCAGAUACCGAAGCAUUUGAUCAAGUAGUAGUAGUGGCUCUAUAAGCCCGCUACUAUCGCUGGAAUAAUGGCGAAAAUUCAGACACAUAGCAACACGAAGCAAAUAAACCAAAUUCAAGAAAAGGCCUAUGUUGUACAAAAGCAAGUGCAACAACAGCACUUUCAAAAACUGAAGGUUGAGGAUGCCCUAUCAUACUUGGACCAAGUUAAAAUACGAUUUGGGAAUGACCCUGGAAUAUACAACAAAUUUCUUGACAUAAUGAAAGAAUUUAAAUCACAAAGCAUUGACACCCCUGGGGUUAUAAACCGUGUGUCUCAGCUCUUCCACGGCCACCCAGACCUUGUUUUAGGAUUCAACGCCUUCCUGCCCCCAGGGUACCGAAUAGAGAUUCCCAAGAAUGGAGUGGUUUUCCUUCAGUCCCCUUUCUCUGCCCAGGUUUCCCCAGGUCAGGGAAAGGGUAUAACAAGCCCUGUGAGUGCCACUGGCUCAUCGGUUGCUGAAGCUGGAUCUGCUCAAAGCGAAGCUGUGGCAUCACCUGAAAGCAUCUCCUCGUCCUCUGGACCUCCAGAACCUCCUAGUAGACUGUCCUUGCCACUCCCCAGCAGAGACAGUCAGUCCCAGCCACAGUCGUCCUCCGUGUCCCCCCCAGCCUCGGAGCCUAGCCCAGUAGAAUUUGACAGUGCUAUCAGCUACGUGAACAAGAUCAAAAACCGUUUCUUAGACCAUCCAGAGAUCUACAGAUCAUUCCUUGAGAUACUACACACUUACCAGGUACACUGUGUCAUCAAUAUGAAGGAGCAGCUUGAGGUCAAGGAGAGUCGGGGUCGAGGUAGUAGUGGGAUGACAGAAGAUGAAGUUUUCUCCAAAGUAGCCAGCCUUUUCAAAGGCCAAGAAGACUUACUGGCUGAGUUUGGACAGUUCUUACCAGAUGCUAAAAGAUCACUGUUCACUGGCAGUUCCCUGACAGGGAAGGACCACCUAAAGAGAGCUGAUGAUGAGGACAUCAGCAAACAAAGCAAGAAAAGACCCAGACCAAUGCUGCUGCCACACAUGACACCACUGCUCAAGAAAAAGAUGAAGUUUUCAUGCUCCAAAGACCAGUCCUUUGCCUCAGUUGGGAAGCAUGGAGUUGUACGGGAGUUCACAUUUUUUGACAAGGUUCGCCGUUUGUUUAAGAGCCAGGAGGUGUAUGAGAACUUUCUCCGCUGCAUCGCUUUGUUCAACCAGGAAGUGGUUUCGGGAUCAGAGCUGCUGCAGCUCGUCACCCCCUUUCUGGGGAAGUUUCCGGAGCUCUAUACUCAGUUCAAGUCAUUUCUAGGAGACAAAGAGCUCUCUCAUUCAGUGUCUGGCCUAUCAGACCGUUACAUGGAAGGAGGCGGGGGCAGGGAGGUUGACUAUGCCUCUUGCAAGCGUCUGGGUUCCAGCUACAGGGCAUUGCCCAAGACCUACCAGCAGCCGAAAUGCAGCGGUCGCACCGCAAUCUGCAAAGAGGUACUGAAUGACACCUGGGUUUCCUUCCCCUCAUGGUCAGAGGACUCUACGUUUGUCAGCUCAAAGAAAACCCCAUACGAGGAGCAGCUUCAUCGCUGUGAGGAUGAAAGGUUUGAGUUGGAUGUGGUCCUAGAGACAAACCUGGCCACCAUCCGGGUCCUGGAAAGCGUUCAGAAAAAGCUGUCCCGUCUGUCGCCUGAGGACCAGGACCGUUUCCGUCUGGACGACUGUCUUGGUGGUACCUCUGAGGUCAUCCAGCGCAGAGCGGUCUACCGUAUCUACGGGGACAAGGCCCCAGAGAUUAUAGAGGGGCUGAAGAGGAGCCCCGCUACUGCCGUGCCUGUGGUGCUCAAGAGAUUGAAAGCGAAAGAAGAGGAGUGGCGAGAAGCCCAGCAAGGCUUCAACAAGAUCUGGAGGGAGCAGUAUGAGAAGGCCUACCUCAAGUCUCUAGACCACCAGGGCGUCAACUUCAAGCAGAACGACAUGAAGGCGCUGCGAUCCAAGAGCCUGCUCAAUGAGAUUGAAAGCGUCUACGAUGAGCGGCAGGAGCAGAGCACAGAGGAGGGGGGUGUCGGACAGCAGGGCCGCGACGGGAGCGGCGGGCCAGCGACCAGCGAGCCCCACAUGGUGUUCACCUACGAGGACAAGCAGAUACUGGAGGACGCCGCCUCGCUCAUCAUCUACCACGUCAAGCGCCAGCCCACCAUCCACAAGGACGACAAGGACCACAUCAAGCGCAUCAUCCAGCACUUUGUUCCCGACCUAUUCUUCUCCCGCCGCGGCGAGCUCAGCGAGACGGAGGAGUGGACGGACGAGGAGGCGGACGCGGAGGAGGGAGGAGGAGCCGGCGGCGUGCCCGGAGCAGCCGUGGCACCAGGUGGCCAGCCUCAACAACAACAACAGCUCAACGGGGAGUCGAGGCGGCGGCGCUGCACCUCUCCUCGGACGGCGGAGCAGGGAGGCGCGCCCCUGGCCCCAGAGGGUGGGGAGAAGGUGGACCUGAGAGACCCUGAGGCAGAGCACCAGAAAGAGCUGGAUGGGGUCUACAACCUAUUCUUUGUCAACAAUAACUGGUACUUCUUCCUGCGGCUGCAUCAGACCCUGUGCCAGCGGCUGCUGAGGGUGUAUCGACAGGCAGAGCGGCAGCUCUUGGAGCACCGGGCUGAACAGAACCGCGAGAGACUGCUGAUGGCGGAGGGUCGCAGGGAUAAGGCCAGUGACCUAGCAAUGGAGCUCCGCCUUAAACAACCCAGCGAGGUAGAACUGGAGGAGUACUACCCAGCGUUUCUAGAUAUGGUGCGCAGUCUUCUGGAUGGGAACCUGGAGUCUACACAGUAUGAGGACACGUUACGGGAGAUGUUCACCAUCCAUGCGUACAUCGGAUUCACCAUCGACAAGCUCAUCCAGAACAUCAUUAGACAGCUGCAGCACCUGGUGAGUGAUGAGGUCUGCUUGCAGGUGGCUGAGCUGUACCUGGCAGAGAGGAAGAGAGGUGCUGCCGGCGGUAACCUGUCAUCCCAGUGUGUUCGAGCCGGCUGGGAGACUAGCUACCAGUGGAAGUCAGAAAGGGUCAUGGCUGAGGAGAACUGCUUCAAGGUAAUGUUCAUUCAGAACAAAGGCCAAGUGACCUUGACCAUUGAGCUGCUGGACACAGAGGAGGCCCAAGCAGAUGACCCAUUGGACAUACAGUGUCUGUCCAGCUAUAUGGAACAGUUUGUAGGGACGGAGUCAGCUCUUUGCUCGCAGACGGAAGGCUAUUAUUUUAAACCUGUAUUUUUGCCCAGGAACCUGAGGCACUUCAGACGUUGGCAGGUGCGCCAGGUGGAAGCAAUGCGCUGCAGACGGGAGUGGCACCGGAAACUGGGGGUGGAGAGUGCCGGCAGCUUGGAUUGCCGCUUCAAGCUUAACACCCACAAGAUGGUGUUCGUCAUGAACUCUGAGGACUACAUGUACCGCCGCGGAGCGCUGGUCAAAGCCAGGAAGUCUCAGCACAGAGUGGCGGUGAACCAGCACGAGCGCUUCGACAAGUGGCACCGCGGCUGGCUGGCGGAGCACGUGCCCCCGGUGGCCGAGCGCUCGGUUCACGACUGGCUCAUGGGUGAGGAGGAAGAGGACAUGAUCCCCUGCAAGACCACCCGCCUCAACACACAGGUCAAAGGCCUGCCUGUUAACAGAUACCAGGUGCAUUACAGUAGCAAAGCCCCGUCCUCUCCCUAGAGGUUGCGGCGUAGCCUCGAACACACACACAAACAAACAAACAAACAAACAAACACACACACACAGAGGGAGACCUAGUGGACUUGACAGACUUGUUGAGACAGGGCGAUCCUGGGGAGGUGGGGUGGAUCCAUCACAGCACAUCAGAGGCUUUUCAUCCAACGCACCCAAUGCUGCUCCUCUGGCCAGGGUCGGCCAUGCUAGCAGAGGGACAGGAUAUUAAAAUCAUUCAGUUUGUUUAUGAAAUGUGAAUGUCUUCUCUUUUUUUUUUUUUUUUU